AUGUAUCCCCUUCUAGCCAGACUCCCUACUCGUGCUCCACCCGUUACUAUCACGGUUAAGGUUUUCCGGGUGGUCAAUCGUCUGCGGACAUUUCCACAGUCCUCGAAACUCGACUUCAUUCUAGUCGAUAGGGAAGGUACGAAGAUACAUGCAACCGUCCAACCGGACGCGUAUCACCGUUUUAGCGACCUGCCUGAAGGAUCGUGGGUUCAAAUUACUGGUCUAGCGCUAACUGGAGACACCCGGAUCACCAUAUCACGAGGCACCGGUCCAAACUCAUCAUUCCAUCUACGGCGACCGUCACACCAGCUCUGA